AUGCUUGUUGGAAGAAUUCGAAUUCAACAGCCACCCAGGGGGCCUCGGCCCCUUCAGACGCCACCAUCUCCCGCCCCCACCGGGGAGUCCACCGCGUCCUCCGGCCCCCGUCAGCCCUCGUGCCGGACCAUCGGCCGCCGGUCGGCCUCCGACCCGUUCCCCGACCCGGAGCAAGGUACCGUCACCGUCGUGUCCGAGAUGGGUGGGAGGGUCGAGGGACGGGAGGAGGCCGUCCGGCUGCUGGAGGAGCCGGACGGGGCGGCGGGUUGGCUCGGGGGACCGUGGUGGGCCCUGGUGGCUGGGCGGGGGUUGGUGGCCAGUCUGGAGGUGGGCUGGGGCUGCCUGGUGGUGGCUGUUGUGUUCGGCGUCGCGUGCGGCGCCCUGGUGUUUUAG